AAUCAAUCAAUGGUGCCCAUUCACUCCUGCAGCAUUACAUCAUAUACCCAGCUGUCCAGACGGUGAAGCAGGCUGAUCCCUCCACCAAUUCACGACGUCCAGCCAGCGGAGCCAGCAGGUGAAAGCAACAGAAAUGAUGCGGUCGUACCCGCUGCACUGCACUGUUUCUUCGUCGUCGUGCGCUGCAGUUCUCCCUCCGCCCACCGCCGCUGCCAUCGCGCGCCACGGUUGCUCAUUCUUCCUGUCGUUUGUCUGCCCGCAUUCGCAGCUGCUCCACUGCACCACUCUGGCGAACGCCGCUGCCACCAGCUGAGCUCACCUGACACAGCAGCAGCGGAACGCGCUGCAGGCCACUGCCAGACCGCGCGCACUUGGCCUUGCUCCAGAACCUGUUGGCCUCUCCGACUCUUCUCGUCACCAUGUCACGGCAUCCUCGAGAGUAUCCCGUAGCCGACCGUUACGAUGACUCCCAGAGCGACUUCUACAGAAGACCCCGACGGGACCGCGAUUACGAUGACCUGGAAGUAGACAUCACUCGCGAACGCUACCCAGACGAACGCCGAUACCGACCCGAGACUGUGGUCAAGGAACGAGAUUCCGUCCUCAGCGAGCGCCGUGCACCCCGCCAGCCGGACUUCUUGCGAGAAGACUAUGGCAAGUCCUCGGCAGGACCUCUCGUCGUGCGUGAGGAGCGUCGCGAGGAUGACAAUUAUAGCAGAGUGUCACGUAGAAGGCGAAGCGUAGAGUCAGCACGAAGUCGGCCCCCUCCAGCUGCAACGGAAGAAGAGACCAAGAUCGUGUAUCGUGAGCGCGAGCGCGAGCGAGCUCCACCGUAUCCUGCCAGCCAGGCAGACGAGAAAGAGGAGAUCAUUUAUCGGGAACGUACCCGAUCACGCCCGCCUCCACGUGAAAGGGUGAGCGAGAAGGAAGAAAUCGACAUCAAGAUCAGCCGUGAGGAGCAUGAAGCCCGCUCACAGGCCUCUCGGAGCGAUCCCCCGCCCGUGGAAGAGAUUCGCUUCAGACGAGGCGGCGGUGAUCGACCAGCACCUCCGCCCAAGACUGUCGAGAAGACGGAGAUUGACAUUCGAGAGCGCGAACGCAGUGCUGCACCUAGCCGGUCACGAGUGGAACGCGAAGAAAUUGACAUACGUGAGCGAUUCUCGCCAGCUCCUCGGCCUCCUCGAAGUGAGCGAGGGGAUGUGGAACGAGAGGAGAUCAUCUUCCGAGAGCGUCGCUCGCCGCCUGGCAGAGGGCGUGCGAAAUUCGAAGAAAUCGAUAUUCGGGAGAGCAGCGCUCCUCCCCCACGGCACCGUUCAGUCAGCCGACAUCAGCUAGUCGCAAGGAAAGAAGAGGAGUGGGUAGUUCGGAGGCCUCGAACUCCAUCGCCUCCACCCCCACGUGACUACGAGAAAGAGGAGAUUAUCAUCCGACGCACGAAAGAGCGAUCACCGUCGCCAGAGCCUGAGCCGGAGCCUGAACCGCCUCGAGAGCCAACGCCAGAGCCAUCACCCCCGCCUCCACCGCCGUUGGAACCAAUCUACAGGCCGCCAAUCAUUCAAGAAGUCAUCACCCACCACCGACACAUUGAUCACGGCGUCGAGCGCGCUCGCUCGCCAACUCCACCCCCGCCACCACCUGCUCCUGCGCCACCUAGUCCGCCACCAGAAACCAAAGAAGAGAACCUUGAAAUUGAGAUCCGACGCAAAGGCACCCGCAACGGCAAGGCCUACGAAGAAGACAUCCAUAUCGAGAAGGACAAUUGGGAGCGUGAGGAUCGUGCAGUUGAGCGCAAGCGUUCGGUCAGUGUAGACCGCAAGCGGUCCAUGAGUGUUUCCACCCGCCGCCGCUCGCCCUCUCGUGAUCAUCGCCGAUACGACGACGAACUCGACGAGGAGGCAGAGUACUACAAUCGCAAAAUCGCCUCUCGAGCAUACCCCGGUGAAGCCUGGAACGGCGCGACCAGGGAUUGGAGCCUUGUGGAUGUGCCUCCCGGAACUGAACGAGUGCGUAUGGACGGUGUUGGCGGAGGUGCGCAAGAGAUCACCUGGCAGCGCUACAACGGCGAGAGGCGCGGGAAGUUCAUCUCCGGUGAUCGCGUGUACGAGUCGCCUUAUGGCAAUGGCUACGCGUCACCGCCACCACUACCAGCUCCAGCUCCAGCUCCAGCUCCGGCGCCGCCUCGUGAAGAGCGCAGGGACACGAAAGAAGAGAUUAGGAUCACUAUGGACCGUCGGACUGGUGGCGAUGACAGGCCCCGACAAAAGAAGCGGGAUAAGAUGUGGACUGAGGUGACCAAGGAUUUGGUAAUCAAAGAGGCUAUCGACGAGAUGGGAUAUGAGUUUGAAGAGAGCGACGACCACUUCUAUGUCAUGGAGUACCUAAAAUACGAGGAUGUUCUCCGCCUCGUUGAGAUUACGGAAGACAUCAAGCGCGAGCGUCGCGAACGAAUUCGAGAGAUCCAGUGGCAAAGAGAAGAGCGAGAAAGACUUCCAAUGAAGGCCUUGCCCCCACCUCCUCCGAUCCCAGCGCCACCAAGAUCUGUUUACGACGAGCGCAUCUACGAACGAGAAUAUAUCAUUGACCGUGAUGGUCGAAGAUACCGACGCUAGUGAUUUCGAGAUUGAGCAGCGCGAUACCAUGCAUGCAUUGAGAGAGACAGCGUUCAAGCGAAGCGGCCACGAGCGUUGCACGAUCAUAGCGAAACCCUGGGAAGGAAAUAGAGACAGGCACGACAGAAAAGCAAGCAGCCUACGAAGUAACGAAAGCAUUGAGCAGACGGCGGAGUUAAGAGUGGAGUGAAGAAUAUGGUACAGCAACGAAAGCUUGGGUGUGAGCGUGUAUGCAAUUGAAUAGAAAUUGACUAUUGCU